AUGAAAACCGGCACUUCUGUGGAUGUCCAGAUGAAAGAUGGCACUACGCCAUUGCAGCUUGCUGUGAUCCUAGAGAACAAUGCUGCUGCUCUGCGGCUUUUGAACGCCGGGGCUGAUCCGGAACGGAAAACCUCGAAAAGACCAAAAUCCACCGAACGUGCUGGGUCAGAUGCCGAAGCUAACGACCACGUGAAGUCUGCGGUUGACUUCGCGCAAGGCAAUGAACUGGUUUUGCAGUUAUUGCAAGGGAAACGUGACGAAGGUUCGUCGCAAGGGACUCCGAUGAAUGCCUCCGCAGAGUAUCAGCCAAUGUUGGAGCAGAACCUCCAACCCCCUGAUGUUCAGCAGCCGUCGACCAGCACCCGAUCUGCACCCCAAGUUGCCGGUGACGAAACAUCCAUCAAAAACGCUACCAACUUACAAUGCCAACACAUGAUCGAAUUUCUAGAGGCUUGCAGCGGAGCUGACCAGUCGAGUCCAACCAUUCUCUUCCUUGAUCAGUACGAGCAGAUGCCUCAAGCUGCGGUCAGCUCUUUGGUGCUCGCCUUGCGCCAUAUGGGCAAACAUGAUGCUGCCAGCCUGUUGCUAAAUGCAUGA